AUGUUAGCCGCCGCCGCCACUGCCUCCCUUCACUGGCGACCCGGCAGCGGCAGCAGCAGCGGCGGCGGCUCCCUCCGCAGCGGCGGCGGCGCCCCCUCCCCUUCUCGGCUCGGCCCCCUCCCCUCACACACAGACACCUCGAGGAGCGGCGGCGGGCGGGGCGGUGUAGGCGCUGCUGCCGCCGCCUCCUCAGGAGCACCCGGCAAGAGGCCGCAGGAGAGAAGCCCUCGAGCUUUCGUCGGUGCUGGUGCUGCCGCCACUGCCGCGGCCGCCGGGAAUCACACGGGCUCCUCGGUCCCAGGCUGCAGCUCUUGUUGCCAUGAUGAUGAUGUCACGGACGCAACCACUGGGGGAGGGGAGAGGGGGGUGGAGCGAGCGGGCGGGCGCCCGAGCGGAACACGGAGGGCGGGGGCCGAGAAGGUGCUUUCUCCCCCGCCUCCGGGGCACGCAGUGAGGGAGGCGGCCGGCGGCCGACCGGGCCCGCGCGGGAUCGAUGACUCGGCCGGCGGGCACGGUCACCUGGGUGAGGGGCAGCGGAAGGGGCGGCGGAGCACCGAUCUCAUGGAUGGGCUUCGAGGGGCUUGCGGGAGGGGGGCGCCAGUGUUCGGGGCCGUUUUGGCGGCUAUGCGGGAUUGGCAGGAGCUGCGGUGCUCACACUUGCCUCGCCGACCGCCAUUUCACAUCCAGCAGAGGAGGCGGGGGCAGCCGCGGAGACGGUUUUUCACAAGGCUUUCUCCAUAUUUACGUGCUUGUAACUCUGGCAUGACCUUUGCUCCAGUCUCUACCAGAGGGCGGCACCUGGAUUGAGGUGGAAAAGCCCUGUUUUCCAGCCAUGACCCAGGGAGCAAGCACCGACUCCUCAGGGGAACAGGAGACUUGCCAACUAGGACCCUGGGAGCCUCCAUGUUGGCAGUGCCCUGUGUCGUCUCGGGUUCACCAGCAAAUCCUCGGGGGAAAGCAGGGCUGGAGGGCGAGGAAACCCAGGAGAGUUCCUAGCUCAGAAUCCCUCUCUGAGGCUCCCGAUACAGAUGCCCAGGCCUCACACCCAGAGACUCUGAGUAUUUUUGUUUAUCAUAUGUAAAAGACUAGUGUAUUUUUGUUUAAGUCUCACAGGUAAACAAGUUCUCUCGUACUUUGUCAAGGGAAAUGUAAUCUGUGCAAUUUGGCAGUAACUAUCAGAAUUUUAAAAGC